AGCCUUCCUGACGUCAUGCCUGUUUCCUCCCCCCUGUUAGAGGAGAGAGAGAGAGAGAGAGAGAGAGAGAGACAGCCUGUCCUCCCAGCUCCCCUGUCUCGGUCGGACAAGACGGUCCCGGAGCCUCCAGACUGGGAUUAUACGAGUGAGAACAUGCGGGCUGCAGGGCACCAGCUAGCCGCAGUGCUGGCUCUGUUUGCCGCAGUGUGCGGGUCACACGCGGAGGUGAUCGAUGACAUCCUGAGCAGCCUCUCCAGGGGAGCAUCCUUCCUGGAGCGGCAACAUGAGCACAUCAACCUGGACGGGGUGGUCGGUUUCCUCAUGCUGCAGGCUGAACUGAAGGAAGCAGUUCGGACGUGGCCUCACACAGACACGGUCAGCUGGGCUCAGAGAACCUCCGCCGUCGCUCUGGUCAAGCGUCUGGACCAAAGCUUCGACAAGGCCGUCGCUGCCCUGCAGCAGAAUGACCCCAAAUACUACAGAGAGUUUGAGCCCCUGCUGUCGUGGAGCUUCUGGUUGAUUCCUCAGGAGUGGAGCUCCACAGACCCCAGCCUGGUCUAUCCCUCCUCCAUGACCACCGAGUGUUACGACGAGCAGCUCAGUGACAAGUGCCUGACCCUGCUGCUGGGAACCUGGAAGAUGAACGGGACGCCCUGCAUCGUCACGAAGCCCUGCCGGGACACCAUGACUCGUUUCGGUUGUCCACACUACUCUCUGUCCCACCAGCUGCUCUACUUCAUGAUCGGCAAAAUGAGAGGCUGCAGCAACCUGCUGAAAGGCGACACUCGAGAGUCCCGAGCCAACAUGACUGAACGGAGCUACGAGAAGAUUUUCUGCUCCAACAUGAUGAAGACCAACCAGGACAUCAUCAGAGACGGUCUGUCUGAACAGACGGUGGACAUCUUCAUCGAGAACAUCCUGAUUUGUGGAUUGUCUGGUUUCUUCGACUUCUACAAAGCUGACUGGCUGCAGCAUAUCCUCCGGCUGCAGGAUGAGGAAGUGGGCUGCUUUGGACGAGACAAGAGCAUCAUCUCUCAGAUCAUUGGAGACGAGCUGCUGGAACAGCUGCAGCCUCACAGGAGAGUGAAGAGGAGGGAGAAAAUACUUCCAGACGGCUGCUCCAGUCACAUGACGGCAGUGGCUGUCGGCGCUCUGGGCGGAUACCUGAACUACUACCUGGCAGAACAGGACAUAACGAAGAGGCCGCUCUCCUGAACGCCCAUCCUCACCCUUGUGCGUUCACACAAGCAAAACCGUAGAUCCGGUAGCUCUUCACAGCUGGAGAACGACUCUCAACACAAAAUGGAAGCAACACUUUUCCCUUUUCCACUUUUUGUUCAUUUAUCUUCGAUGAUUAUAAUGAGGAAAAUGCUUUAGCCCCGAUGUGCUGAAUCUGACCUAAUGCUAUGCAUCUAAUUAAUCCCAAACUAGAUGUCCUUUUAAAAGUAGCGAUGCUCCAAUCCUACAGGAAGCAAUCUGAAAAAGUUCAGCAAACUAGCGUCCGAGGCAGCUCACGUUCCGGUCCACGUGGAGCUGGACACGGUGACUUCAGGCUGCUAGCUGAAGAAAUUAUAAUUUUUUUUCUAAAUGAAAUUUUGGUGGAUUUAGUUUAGAAUUUAUUGCACUUUCACUUUUCCAGAGUGAGCUGGCUUGUCAGAUUUUUCCUUUUGCCGCACAGUUUAAGCUUAACCAUUUUUCUGGGGAGUUAUGGGCGAAGGGAUUAGAGCUGUAACCCCGAUGCCGUCCCCUGGUUGGCUGUUAUUGUAUGAAUUUUAUGUCAAAACGUUUUAAUAUUUCUGGCUGCUCUGUGAGGAGAGAGACCUGUCCAGAAUUUAGGUUAGGCAAAUUGUGAUUUGUGACAUUGGGCUAUAGAAAUACAAUUUACUUGACUUAACAAGAUGUAAUGAAUUAAAGGAAAAUGAUUGUACUUUUUGACCUGGUUCUUCUUAUUUGCACUUGGCUACAUAGAAAAUAUGACAGCGAAAAAUGACAGCAGAGCGGAAAACGGAGGCGGCAGGUACAGAGUUAUCCGUCAGAAUGGCCAUUAUUAUGACAAUAAGACUUACAGUGGCUUGUUGGAAAACAAUAUUUAAAGUGGUGUUUGAAGGCAAAUGUUUUUUGAUAGUUGUUCCGAAAGGCUAGAGGUGGGACAGGAGGUCAAAACGCUUUAAAUACAAGGAACCGGUCAGUUAUUUAAAAGCAGCCUGAUUGGAGCAUCCCUAUUUGAAAGGCCAAGGCAUAUUUACUGCAGCUUUAAAGAAAAACAUCUGAACAUAAUGAUACUUUUCUUUGUUCAAAAAUAUCUUUAUUUUAGUUAAAUUAUGUUUUUGCUUUUCACAAACAUAUCUACUGAAUAGAAAUCCACAGAACAGGACGAGAAGGCAGCUGUACAACCAGCACGGACCAAAGAGGAGAUACGCAUGAACUGAAUGCAUGCAGAUGAACUCAUCAUACAAAAUUGUUAUCAUGUAUUUUAUGUUAGCAGAAUAAAAAAAACAAAACAAUCAA